UAUUCAAACCCACCCCACAAUAAACUUUAAAAAAACCACCAUGGCAUCUCUCCCUCUCUCCACCGUCGCCAUCACAAAUAUCUCCUCCCUCCACCGCCCCCACCCGCCGCGUCUCCCCCCACCACCCCACCGCCUCACCAUCUCCUGCAACGCCUCCGAAUCCCACCCCAGCCAAGUCGACCGCCGAAACCUCCUCCUCGGCAUGGGCGGCCUCUACGGCGCCAGCAACCUCAUCCUCCCCGGCGACGCCCCCGCCUCCCCCCCCCCCCCCCCCGACCUCGCCAAAUGCACCCGCGGCACCAACCUCAACCUCCGCCAGCCCCUCGACGUCGACUGCUGCCCCCCCUUCUCCGAGAACGCCCUCGACUACAAGCUCCCCUCCGCCACGGACAUCCGCGUCCGCCCCGCCGCCCACCUCGCCGACAACGACUUCAUCGCCAAGUACGAGAAGGCCACCGAGCUCAUGAAGGCCCUCCCCGCCGACGACCCCCGCAACUUCAUGCAGCAAGCCAACGUCCACUGCGCUUACUGCAACCUCACCUACGACCAGGGCGCCGCCGACCCUUCCAACAAGCUCCAGAUUCACUUCUCCUGGCUCUUCUUCCCCUGGCACCGCUGGUAUUUAUACUUCUACGAGAGAAUCUUAGCCAAAUUGAUCGAUGAUCCCACCUUCGCCCUCCCCUACUGGAACUGGGAUAACCCUAAGGGCAUGGCCAUGCCCUCCAUGUUCGUCAAAGAAAACUCUCCCCUCUUCAAUCCGAGGCGCAACCAAGCCCACCUUCCUCUAAUCGACCCACCUCCCUACGCCGAUCUCCGAUACUCCAAAAAAUCGAGUACUCCACAAGACAAGGUAGUCCAGAGCAACCUCACAGAAAUGUACUCGGAAAUGGUUCGCAGCGCGGUCAAUUUGGAGGAUUUCUACGGUGCCAAGUACAACCUCGGGGCCAAACCUGACCCCGGUGCUGGCACCGUAGAGCGGGGGUCCCACACCGCGAUACAUGCCUGGGUCGGGGACCCCAACUCCCCGGCAGGAGAGGACAUGGGUAACUUCUACUCUACCGGAAGGGACCCACUCUUCUUCUGCCACCACGCCAACGUGGAUCGUAUGUGGUCCGUGUGGCGUGAUCUCCGCGGCUCGAAGCCGAAGGAGUUCUCUGACCCGGACUGGCUCGACACGAGCUUCUUGUUUUACGACGAGAACGCGCAGCUGGUCCGGGUCAAGGUGAGGGAUACGGUGGAGAAUCUGAAGAUGGGUUACACUUUUCAGAAGGUGGAGAUUCCGUGGCUGAACAAGAGGCCGAAGGCGAAGGUGAGGAAGGCGAAGGUGGCGAGCACGUCGUCGGCGCCCAAGGCGACGGACACGAGCGUGUUCCCGGUGAAGCUGGACAAGGUGGUGAGGGUUUUGGUGGACAGGCCGAAGAGGAAGAGGAGCAAGGGUGAGAAGGAGAAGGAGGAGGAGCUGCUGGUGAUUGAAGGGAUUGAGGUGGAUACGUCGGAGUUUGUGAGGUUUGAGGUGUUUGUGAACGACGAGGACGAUGAUCCGAGCGAUGUGAUUGAUCUGGCGGAGUAUGCGGGAGGGUACUCGCAGGUGCCGCACAAGAAUGCUGCGAAUGUGAAGAGCAAGAUAAGGCUGGGGUUGACGGAGCUGCUGGAGGAUUUGGAUGUGGAGGAUGAUGACAAGAUUUUGGUGUCGCUGGUGCCCAGAGAUGGAGGGGAGGAUAUCACCAUUGGUGGAGUCAAGAUUAUCUAUGUGUGAAAUUUGGCAGCUGUGUGUGUGUUUCCUGAGAGGACUGAAGGAUGUUGAGUUUGUUUUCUUUUUCUGUUUGGUUGAAAAAUAACAUGUCAUGUGACUGUGUGUGAUGAAUGUUGCUUUGUUAUUAGGGUAGUACGUAAUGUGUGUCGAUCGAUGUUGUGAUGUUUGUUCCUCUCUUGUUUAGGAUUGCAUUGUAUGUCGAUCGAUGUUUUAGGUGAAUGAAGGCUUGUUUUUCGCCAUAA